AUGGCUACUCCCAGUGUCCUUACCUUUGAUGCUGAGGGUCGUGCUGCUGACUUUGAGGUCUGGGUCGAUGACCUCCAGCUCUUCCUACAGUGCGAUAGGGCAGACGGACUCUCCCUGUUCGAUCUCACCUCUGGUGCCUCUCCUGCCCCGCCUACUGAUGCUGACAGCACUAUUCGCUCACAGUGGGCCACACGUGAUGAUGCUGCCCGUCUUGGUGUGCGUCGCCACUUACCGGCCGCUGAGCGCGUGCACUUUAGUCAGUACAAGAGUGCUAGGACCUUGGACCACUUCCUCUCUAUUUGCCACACCACACUCACCGUUGACCUCCUCGAGGAGCGCCUCCUGGCAGCUGAGAAGAGUAUAGUCACAGUAGGAGCCUCUCGUGGUGACCCUCGUGCCCCCGUCUUUGAGGGGUGCUCCCCCUCCCCCAAUUUGCCCUCUAUUGCCUCUGCUGCUGUUGUCGACUUCGUUGGCACCGAGUCGUGUGGGGGCUCGCACUCCACCCAGCGCUGCUCUGGCCGCUUGACGGACGCUUGGAGUCACCAGUUCCCUGACGCCACUGAGAUCCCUCGCUGGGGAGAGCUGUUUAGGGUGGGGGUUGCUAUCUUUGAUCUUGACUAUGAUACUAUUCUUGCUGCCAUGUAUGCUGUGUCUACUAGUGAUGAGGGUGACUGUUACCCGUGUGUUCCGCCUGACCCGGGCAUUGAGGCUGCUGCUCUAGGUGCUAGUGAGGCAGUUGCUCUAGGUGCUAGUGCGUCUGCUGCCCCAGGUGCUGGUGAGUCUGCUCUCUCAAGUACCACGUUGGCUCAGGCCUUCCACACCUUCACCCUUGACUCGGGUGCUUCCGCUCCCUCUUUCGAGACCGCACCACGCUUACGCCGCUUAGUCGGCCGGUUGUGGUCUCCCUGGCGGACCCCUCUGGAGGUCGUGUCCUUGCUCGCUUCUCCACUUUCUUAA